GUGAACGAGACGGUUCCGCCACCGGAACCGGGGCUCCUCCCACCUGACGCCGCUCGCCACGGCCCGGUCAAGGGGCGGAUGCGCGCUCCCGAGACACCGGAAAUAUGGCGGCGCUCAUGACUCUCAGUCAGUUAUCAAGUGGAAACCCAGCCUACGAGAACUACUACCGGCAGCUGGAUUCGGCGAACACGGGCAAGAUAUCGGCUGGAGAUGCGGCUCAGUUCCUGAAGAAGUCCGGCCUGUCCGACAGCACGCUGGGCAAGAUUUGGGAUUUGGCAGAUUCCGAAAGAAAGGGCUAUUUGGACAAACGGGGUCUCUUCGUUGCCUUGAGACUUGUGGCCUCAGCGCAGAGUGGAAAUGACAUCAGCCUUAAUAAUCUCAACCAACACUUGGCUGCACCUAAAUUUAAAGAUACCAACAGCCCUUCAAUAACUGUGUCAACGACGGCACCCGAUUCGGAAUGGUCCAUUAGGCCUGAUGAAAAGGGGAAAUUUGAGGCCAUUUUUGAGACUCUGGGCCCUGUAAAUGGUCUCCUCUCGGGUGAUAAAGUCAAGCCAGUUUUAAUUAACUCCAAGCUACCUCUUGACGCCUUAGGAAAGAUUUGGGACCUGAGUGAUGUGGACAACGAUGGACAGUUGGACAGAGAAGAAUUCACAGUGGCGAUGCAUCUUGUGUAUCGUGCCAUGGAAAAGGAGCCUGUCCCAACUACCUUACCCACCUCCCUCAUCCCCCCUUCCAAAAGGAAGAAGAAGUCUGCCGGUGCGCUGCCAGGCGCUGUGGCUGUGCUGCCCUCUCUCCCCGGGCUUACUGCCGGCCUGGCUCCUCUCAAGGAGCCCCUGCGAAGCACUCCUCCUCUGGUGCACGCGACUCCCUUCAGCACCAGCACUGUCAACCUCUCCCCAAAACACUCCUUUAAGUCCAGCUCACCGCCCGUGGUGAACUGGGUGGUACCGCUGGCCGACAGGGAGCGAUAUGAUGACAUCUUCAAGAUAACCGACAGCGACAAUGAUGGCCUCGUUAACGGAACCGAGGUCAUAGAGAUUUUCAUGCAGUCCAGUCUCUCCCAGACGAUGCUGGCGCAGAUAUGGGGGCUCGCUGACACCAAACAGACGGGCAAGCUGACCCGUGAGCAGUUCUCUCUGGCCAUGUACCUGAUCCAGCAGAAGGUCACUAAAGGCGUAGACCCUCCCUCCACCCUCACCCAGGACAUGAUUCCCCCAUCAGAUAGGACCGCAGCUUCAGCAACGGGCCCCAGUUAUUCAGGGCUUUUGGCAGCCGUGAGGCCGGAGGUCGCUGCACUAGCUCACAUGCGCAGAGACGGCAGCAGCUCUGUGGGAUCUGUCGAGCUGACGGGCAUCAAAGAGCUGGAUGACAUCAGCCAGGAAAUAGCUCAGCUGCAGAGAGAGAAAUUCAUUCUGGAGCAAGAAAUCAGAGAAAAGGAGGAAACCAUCAGACAACAAAAUAGUGAGGUUCAGGACAUGCAGAACGGACUGGACAGGGAGAGCAGCAGCCUGCAGGACUUGGAGUCGCAGAGGCAGGAGGCCCAGGAGCGCCUGGGGGAGAUGGACCAGCAGCGCUCCAAGCUGGAGGGAAUGAUCAACGACGUCAAGCAGAAGUGCCAGGAAGAGUCGCACAUGAUUUCAUCCCUGCAGAGCCAGAUUCGCUCUCAGGAGAACGACCUGCAGAGCCAGGAGGACGAAAUGAGCCGCACCAAGUCGGACCUGAGCAGGCUGCAGGAUGAGGAGGCCCUUCUGGAGCAGAGUCUGCUCUCUGGUCGGGUCCAGCUGGACAGCAUCACAAAGUCUCUCAAAACCACUCAGGAAGAGAUCCACCAGGCGCGCAGUAAGCUGUCGCUGAUCCAGGACAGCCAAAAGGAGGUGACCAAGACCAUUGAGCAGUACAACAGCGCUUUGAGCGACAUCAACCGAGGACAAACCGCCAACCUGCCGGACUUGAGUGAAGGCUUUGCCGAGAAGGAGAACGGAGGGUUCAGGACUACGGACGACUCUUUCAAGUCAAGGAUUGCCAUGUUCAACAGCAGCAGCAGCAGCAGCAGCAGCAGCAGCAGCAGCCGCGCUAAGGAGCCUCCAGCAGACCCCUUUCAGACAGAGGACCCCUUCAAGUCCGACCUUUUCCAAGAUCCAUUUGGAGCGGAUCCCUUCAAAGAAAGCGACCCCUUCAAAGGAACCUCAUCUGAAGAUUUUUUUAAGAGAACUGACCAGUCGAGCGUGUUCGGAUCCUCGGAGCCCUUCAUGAGAAGACCCACCCCACCGGCCAAGCCGGGAAGCUUCAGCAGUGGGGAUUCUUUCAAAUCCCACAGCCCAAAACCAGAUGGGUUUGGGACCGUGGACCCCUUUGGGAGCGACUCUUUCGCUAACAAGGGAGGGGGAUUUGCUGACUUUAGACAGAUGUCAAAGAAGAUGGACAACCCUGUCCCACCGUCAAAGAAAAAUGUGCCUACCCGACCUGCACCUCCCUAUGGAUCCGAAUGUAUCAAGUUUGGAAGUGAAAACCAGCAGCUGGAGUGGGUCAAACGGGAGAGCGAGCGUGAGGAGCAGGAGAGGCUACGGAGGCUGCGGCUGCAGGAGCAGCAGGACCUGGAGCUGGCGAUCGCUCUCAGCAGGGCCGACGUGCCCAGAGCCUGACCGGCUACUCCCAACCACAUCGUUUUUGGACCUCCUCCUCCUCCUCCUCCUUCUGCCUCACAGUCCUCCGUCCGCAGGGUCAUGACGACGGCACCAACACUGGCCCGUCGGGACUAGCGGCCCCUGUUACCAAUUUGUGUAAAGAGACCAGUGUUUCUCCAGCCAUGGCUUGAGUCAAAACGACUCCACAUUUAGACACUAGUUACGGCUCACGGUGACCCAAACUACAUGGCGACAGUAGUCGAGGACAAAAUGCGGAGGGACUUGAUUUGAACUUUAACGCCAGCCAAAGCCAGCAGGCUACUCGGCUACAACCUACGUUUGGCGUUAUGUCGCGUUACGGCUCAUAACCCUGCCUUAUCCAAAAGCCUAAAAAACAUUUUUAUAGAAUAUUUUACGGUUUUAUUUAUGUUCAAAAGCAAUGACUCUGUGGUGUAUGAAGUUUUUGUAAAGUGCAUUAUAUGAUUUUUUUUUUUUUUUUAAUAUAUCCUGUAAAAUAUAAGAAGACAUUUCUUCAUUUAAAGUCAGACCUGAUGCGUUAAUUCCCAAGUGCGCUACGCUUGGUAUGUCUUAAUUUUGGAUUUUUUUCCCCCCCCUUAGUUUAGGCACCAAUCAUUGGUUGCUUCUUCCAUCUACAUUUAAGAUGCUUGCGAUAAUCAUCGAGGUCUUCCUUUCUUAAGUCAUACAGCGCGUGCUUGUCAGAAACGUUUGUGAUUGGUCGCCUUGUUACGCCCAAAACAACUUGCUCUCCAAUACAACUAAGAGCCUCUAUAAAGUGGGAGUGGUGUAAAUCGACAUUGUUUAUACUGGUGCUGUUACGUUUACUUCUAUUCUGUACUGCUUCACACUACCACUAAUGCACAAGGACAUCUGCCUUCAAUUGUGUGCUUUUUCUCUCAACACUCAAAUCAACCAUUGGAUCUUUUUUUAUUGUGGAUUUUCUUUCCCUCGUGUUAUUAAUGUCUUACUACUCUUAAUACUCCAUUUGAACGGUUUAAAUGACUUAAAAUAUUGUAUCCUUGUAAUUAUAUUACAUUAAUCAGGGUUAUUUUGGCAGAUAAUGUAUGUACUGUAUGUCCCACACCUUACAGGACAUGUACAGGGAUGGUGUGAUAUCGACAUUGUAAUGUUUAACUGUAUGUAUGUCGUUAUUAAAAAGAAGCUUUUAAUUUAAUAAAAAUGAUUUUUGACAUUUCUGGAACAAGGUAAGUAUCACCCUUUUGAAACAUGUAUGCUUUUAUAAAAUGCAGGAUGCAGUUCUACUGACUCCAAUAAAAGAUGUUGUUCAUA